UUCCCUCUCACAUUUGCUCAGCUCCCCAUAAGCAUCUUCACACUCCCACACACUCAGAAAACAGUGCAAAAAUAAACAAGACUCCUGUCUUUUGCUUUACAUUAAAUGGCCACAAAAAUUGCUCCACCUUCAUCCUCAUCAUGUUUAAUCAAGAAUUCAUCAAAUGAAGAAGAAGAAGACUACAUAGAUAUGGAAGUUACCUCUUCUUCUUCUUCUUCUUCUUCUUCUUCUUCUCCACAAAUAAGUAGAGAAUUUGAGUUCCAAAUGUCUUCUGUUUCCAUUAAUGACAAAGAUACAACAACAACAACUACUUCACCAGCUGAUGAACUUUUCUAUAGAGGCAAACUACUCCCUCUUCACCUCCCUCCAAGGUUAGAAAUGGUCCAAAAACUCCUUCAAACCUCAAAGAUUGAACCUUGUCAACUAGUACAAGAACAACAAGAAAAAAAAAUUAGCAUUAGUACCAACAACUUGACUAAUCCUAGAACCCCAUUUGAAUCUAGCAACCAAAAAACCUCAAAGAUAGAAUCUUUUCAAGUUGUAGAAGAACAACAAGAAGAAAGGUUUAGCCUUAGUACCAAGAGCUUGAUAAAUAGUAGAACCCCAUUUGAAUCUUGCAACAUUUCCCCAUCAAAGAUUGAACCUUAUGAAGUAGAAGAAGAAAGAUUUAGCAUUAGUACCAAGAACUUGAUUAGUAGUACUAAUACUAGCACCCCAUAUGAAUCUUGCAAUAUUUCUCCAUCAGAGUCUUGUAGAGUGAGUUGUGAACUCAAUCCAGAUGAGUAUUGCUUUGAAUGGUCCAAUGAAUUCAGCACACUUUUUAAAGACAACCCCACAAAGAUCAAAUCUUGGUCCAAGAAGAUUAAGUUAGUGAAGCAAUCUUUAAUCAGCCAAAAACUAAAGGCUUCAACUUCAAAGGCAUAUCUAAAUCUCAAGUCUAUGUUCAACAAGUCUACUUGUUCAGAUCAAGAAGUUUCUAAUGCUACUAAAGACUGUCCAAAUAAGUACAUUAAGGUAUGUAAAAAAAUCCCUUUUGGCCAUAUUGGAAAAUGUACACAAAAUUCACCAACAUUAGCAAGUGUGAUAAGAGACAUUGAUGAAGACAAUAAUGUUAAUAGUCAUAGAAGGUCAUUUUCAGCAGCAAUUAAGAAGCAUUCACCAACUAAAUGUUUGUCAUCUUCUUCAUCUAAUGGUUCUUCUUCUACCUCAUCUUCAUCUUCAUCAUCAUUGUCAUUGAAUUCUAAUGGAUUUUAUGAGUUGAAUUUUCUCAAGAGAAGUAGUAGUACAACUACAGAGAUUGAAGGGUCAAUUGAGGCAGCCAUUGCACAUUGUAAGAAGUCACAAGAGCUUUGCAAUCCAAAAAGGAAAAUGAAUGAAGCUGGGAUUAAUUCAUUGUCUAUUUCCAAGAUUGCAGCCACUGAGAUUCAAGCAAGACCAGAUCUUUGUAGAUUUUGAAUAAAGUUUUCUUUUUUUGUUACUGUCAAAGGACACUACAAAAAAAAUCAAAAAGAGAAAGUUUUGGAGGAUGAAUCUGUUAAACUGGUUUUUUCUUGACUUUACUAGAUUAUAUGUAAUUAAUUCAUUGUUCUAGUGUGUAUACUUCCAUGAGUCAAUGUAAUUUUUUCCUUCUGUUAUUC